AUGACAUUGACAGAAGAACAAAAAGAACGAAUUAGGAAGAAUAGGGAAAGAGCGCUACGACUCAAGAAGGAGCGUAUGGAGCGAUUGGCCAAGGAGAAGGAGGAAGCGGACGAGAAGAAACGAGCAUUGAAUUCUCUAAAAGGAGAGACUUUGGAAGCUACAGCCAACAAGAAACAAAAGUUGGAAGUAGCCAAUAAGAAGCAGGAAGAAGAAGAAGAUGUAGAAUUGGAAGAAUUUGAAGUGGGAGCAUCGGAAUGGGUCACCAAAUCGGAGGCCAUGAAGACCUAUUGCCUUCCGUUAGGGACCUUGGCCGUAUGUCAAGUGGAGGAGAAGCCCAAUCCGCAUCAUGCAUCUUGGAAGCCCAUGAAGCUUUACUUGAGAAGUCAAGUAAGGCAAAAGGCGCGGACGCGAUGGGGAGGAUUGGAAGGAUUGGUGGAGGAACGGAAUAAACGGAGGCAAAAACAAUUGGAUAGGGACAUGGCCAAGGCCAAGUCCAUUUUCGAAUAG